CCUCCCACAACAGUCGCGGCGUUUGGGCGGGAGCCAGCGCGGGCGCGGCGGACGGAGCGCACAGACCGCCGAGCGCAGAGCGGGAUGUACCUCUGCUGGGGCGCCGGCUCCCGGGGGCUGCAGCGCCGGAGGGCGCCGGGCGCAGGCGGCGCGGGGCUGCGGCAGGCGGCCAGCGGGGAGCGCCACGCGCUGCUGCUGCUGACCAACCGCGCGGUCCACUCGUGCGGGGACAACAGUCGGGGCCAGCUGGGCCGGAGGGGAGUGCCGCGCAGGGAGCUGCCAGGUGAGUGCCGGGCCCGGGUGGCGGGGCCGGGGGGCGUAAGCGGGGGCUCGGAUGCCGGGCGCGAGGCGCUGCGGACUGGGCAGUCGGGCGCUAGGGGCAUCGGGUCCGACUUAGGGGUCUUAGGUAGAUUUAGAGAGUUUUCGAUUAGCAAUUAGAAAGUGACAGCUCUGACUGGUAUAAAAAUAAUACAAGUUUCCUGUGGACACUACCAUUCCUUGGCAUUAUCAGAAGAUAGCCAAGUGUUUUCGUGGGGAAAGAACAGCCAUGGGCAGCUGGGCCUGGGGAAGGAGUUCUCUUCCAAAGCCAGCCCGCAAAGGGUGCAGUCCCUGGAGGGGCUCCCGCUGGCUCAGGUGGCUGCUGGAGGGGCUCACAGCUUCGCCCUAUCUCUCUGUGGGACUUCGUUUGGCUGGGGAAGCAACAAUGCGGGGCAACUGGCCCUCAGUGGGAGUGAUCCCCCAGCACAGAGCUACAAGCCCCUGUCAGUUGGUGCCCUGAGGAAUCUCGGGGUGACCUACAUCAGCUGCGGUUCUGAGCACACUGCGGUGCUUACCCAGGAUGGGAAAGUAUUCACAUUUGGGGACAAUAGCUCUGGACAGCUGGGAUACAGCACCACUGCUGAGAACAGAGGUCCACAGCUUGUGGAAAAAAUUGAUGGCUUCGUUUCACAGAUAGACUGUGGAAGUUAUCACACUCUUGCAUAUGUGCACAGCACUGGUCAGGUGGUAUCAUUUGGUCAAGGACCACAUUGCUCAAGCAAUCCAGCUCGUCCAGAGGCCCUGACAGAGAACUUUGACAUUAGCUGUGUGGUUUCUGCUGACGACCUCAUAGAUGCUCAAGUCUUGCACAUUUUUGCUGGAACAUAUGCCAACUUUGUGACAACUCAUCAGGAUACUAGUUCCAUAGACCAUUCCAGAAAACCUCUGCCAGAAAUAAGCCGGAUCAGUCCAUCCAUGCCGGAAAAAUGGAUGGCCGUGAAAAGAGGAAGUUCUCAACAUGAAACCGCUAAAAGUGAAAUUAGAACAAUAUUUUCAUCUCCUGCUUGUCUGACUGCCAGUUUUUUAAAGAAAAGAAAACCUGGAGAAAUGGGAUCCAUUGAUGUGAACUUACAGAUGGCAAGAGCUACCUUCAAGAAGUUAACAAGAACGGAAUGGAUUUUCUCCAUGGUAACUGAGUGUCUCAAGGAUGGGCUGCUCAGGGCUCUUCCAUGCCGUUCUCCACACCGAGAGGCUCUGUCGGUUUUCCUGCUGCUCCCAGAGUGUCCUGUGAUGCAUCAUUCUGAUAACUGGAGGAGCCUGGUGAUUCCAUUUGCAGUGGCUGUUUGUAAAAUGAGUAACCAGUCUUCACAAGUCCUGAAGAAGUGCUGGGCAUCUUUGGAAGAAUCUUCUCUGCAGAGGCUGGUUCAGAUGCUUAAAUCCGCUAUUGUCUCUCAGCUGUGCAAUUGGACUGACGUGAUCGUCAGUCAGCAAGAUGAUAACAUCAAAGCUCUUCUAGGAAUGAUGAAAGAAAUCCAUAAGGUAAACAAAGUGAACUGUCGACUGCCAGAAAACACUUUCAACAUAAAUGAACUCUCCAACUUAUUGAACUUUCAUUCAGAGAGAGGAAGAAUGGUCCGUCGGGAGAACAACAUGCUCCCGGAAGAAAACCGCAGUCCUAUUAUUUUCAGUGAUUUUCCAUUUAUCUUUAAUUUGCCAUCUAAAAUUAAAUUAUUCCAAGCUGAUGCACUGAUCAAGAGGCUGGGGUUUCAAAAGCUGGCAUACCUGAACUUGAACCAAGUGAUCCUGCAGAAAAAGGAUGAAUUUCCUCCGUCACCCAUAUUCAUAAUUAGAGUCAGACGAAGCCGCCUGGUUGAAGAUGCUCUACGUCAGUUAAGCCAAGCUGACGUCCUUGACCUUUGGAAAACACUAGUGGUUGAAUUUAUUAAAGAAAUUCGACCUGAGAGUGGAGGGGUCUCUUCAGAGUUCUUUCACUGUAUGUUUGAAGAGGUGACGAAGCCACAAUAUGGAAUGUUCAUGUAUCCAGAAAAGGAUUCGUACAUGUGGUUUCCUGUCAAUCCUAAAAUUGAUAAGAAGAGAUACUUUCUCUUUGGAAUUCUGUGUGGACUCUCCUUAUUCAAUUCCAAUGUUGCCAACCUUCCUUUCCCACUGGCUCUGUAUAAGAAACUUCUGAACCAAAAACCAUCAUUGGAAGACUUAAAAGAACUCAGUCCUGUUUUGGGGAAGAAUUUGCAAGAAGUUCUAAACGAUGAAGGUGAUGACAUUGAAGAAGUACUUGACAUACAAUUUUCUAUACAUUGGGACCAAACUGAUGUUGACUUAAUUCCAAACGGGAACUCCGUACCUGUGAACCAAACCAACAAGAAAGACUACGUUUCUAAGUAUGUUGAUUACAUUUUCAACAUCUCUGUAAAAACAGUUUAUGAGGAAUUUCAGAGAGGAUUUUAUAGAGUCUGUGAUGAAAAAAUAAUUAGACUUUUCCAGCCUGAAGAACUAAUGGCAGCAAUAAUUGGAGAUACUGAUUAUGACUGGAAGCAAUUUGAACAGAAUUCAGGUUAUGGGCAUGGAUACCACCCAUCGCAUCCUACUAUCCUGAUGUUUUGGGAGGCUUUCCACAGACUAACUUUGGAUGAAAAGAAAAGAUUUCUCCUUUUUCUUACAGGACGUGAUAGGCUGCAUGUGAGAGGCUUACGGGAAGAGGGAAUAAUGUUUCGCUGUCCUGAAACUUUCACCGAAAGAGAUCACCCAAGAUCGGUGACUUGUUAUAAUAUUCUGGACCUCCCUAAAUAUUCUACAAUGGAAAGAGUGGAGGAAGCACUUCAAGUAGCCAUCAAUAGCAACAGAGGAUUUGUUUCACUGUAAUCCAGUCACCUCCAAGAGUCACAGGGAAGGCUGCCUCGCCCUCAGAUUCUUCUGUUCUUCAGACAUCUCAUUAAUACAAGGGCUUGAUGGAUUUUAGUUAGAAUGAGUUGAUGUGGGGCAGGGAGUAAAGGGAGGUGAUGGUCAAAGGGUACAAAGUUUCAAUUAGGAGAGUUCUAUUGCAUAGCAUGAUGAAUAAGAAUUAACUUAUGUAGUUAAUUAUUAUGUAUUGUUCAUUUCAAAAUUUAAAAAAGUUUCAAAUGUUAAGUAUUUGG